GUCCUGGGAAGUGGUUUCAUGGAUUCAUUCAGCAGGCGUUCCCUGAGCAUCUGUUAUGUGUCAGGCACAGUUAGGAGCUAGAGAAAAAAGCAGAAGAGUGUACCUGUCCUUGUGGAGCCUGCAUGCUGGUGAGGUUGAUCAAGAAGGACCAGGGCCACCUGGCAGGGGAGGCCUGUCCCAGUAAUGAGAGGGAAUCCCGCUCGCCCUGCCCGCAGGCCUCGGGAUGUCUCUGGCCGACGAGCUGCUAGCUGACCUCGAGGAGGCGGCAGAAGAGGAGGAAGGAGGAAGCUACGGGGAGGAAGAGGAGGAGCCGGCGAUCGAGGAUGUGCAGGAGGAGACCCAGCUGGAUCUUUCCGGAGAUUCGGUCAAGAGCAUCGCCAAGCUGUGGGACAGCAAGAUGUUCGCUGAGAUCAUGCUGAAGAUUGAGGAGUAUAUCAGCAAGCAGGCCAAAGCUUCGGAAGUGAUGGGACCGGUGGAGGCGGCCCCCGAGUACCGGGUCAUUGUGGACGCCAACAACCUGACGGUGGAGAUCGAGAACGAGCUGAACAUCAUCCAUAAGUUCAUCCGGGAUAAGUACUCGAAGCGAUUCCCCGAACUGGAGUCUCUGGUCCCCAAUGCACUCGAUUACAUCCGCACCGUCAAGGAGCUGGGCAACAGCCUGGACAAGUGCAAGAACAACGAGAACCUGCAGCAGAUCCUGACCAAUGCCACUAUCAUGGUCGUCAGCGUCACUGCCUCCACCACCCAGGGGCAGCAGCUGUCGGAGGAGGAGCUGGAACGGCUGGAGGAGGCCUGUGACAUGGCGCUGGAGCUCAACGCCUCCAAGCACCGAAUCUAUGAGUACGUGGAGUCGCGCAUGUCCUUCAUCGCGCCCAACCUCUCCAUCAUCAUCGGGGCGUCCACCGCCGCCAAGAUCAUGGGGGUGGCCGGCGGCCUGACCAACCUCUCCAAGAUGCCCGCCUGCAACAUCAUGCUGCUCGGGGCCCAGCGCAAGACGCUGUCCGGCUUCUCAUCCACCUCAGUGCUGCCCCACACCGGCUACAUCUACCACAGCGACAUCGUGCAGUCCCUGCCCCCGGAUCUCCGGCGGAAGGCGGCCCGGCUGGUGGCUGCCAAGUGCACGCUGGCAGCCCGAGUGGACAGUUUCCAUGAGAGCACGGAGGGGAAGGUGGGCUACGAGCUGAAGGAUGAGAUCGAGCGCAAGUUCGACAAGUGGCAGGAGCCGCCGCCCGUGAAGCAGGUGAAGCCGCUGCCUGCACCCCUCGACGGGCAGCGUAAGAAGAGAGGCGGCCGCAGGUACCGCAAGAUGAAGGAGCGGCUGGGGCUGACUGAGAUCCGGAAGCAGGCCAACCGCAUGAGCUUCGGGGAGAUCGAGGAGGACGCCUACCAGGAGGACCUGGGCUUCAGCCUGGGCCACCUGGGCAAGUCGGGCAGCGGGCGGGUGCGGCAGACACAGGUGAACGAGGCCACCAAAGCCAGGAUCUCCAAGACGCUGCAGCGGACCCUGCAGAAGCAGAGCGUGGUGUACGGCGGCAAGUCCACCAUCCGCGACCGCUCCUCGGGGACUGCUUCCAGCGUGGCCUUCACCCCACUCCAGGGCCUGGAGAUUGUGAAUCCACAAGCAGCGGAGAAGAAGGUGGCUGAGGCCAACCAGAAGUAUUUCUCCAGCAUGGCCGAGUUCCUCAAGGUCAAGGGUGAGAAAAGCGGCAUCAUGUCCACCUGAGGGGCGGUGCCCUGGGCCUUCUCCCGCUGAAGGGACACAGAGGCCCCACCUCUCUGAAGGGAUCGGGGUCAGGAUGGGGCUGGGAGGUUCCGGCAAGGAGAGCCGCCUCGUGCCGGCCGGUGCUGGGACUGUCCGGCGAGGCACGGGAGAAGGCCCGGCCCCGGAGCACAGAGAUCGCCGCCCCACUCACACACACAGCCAGCCUUCAUCACGCAUCUUUUUUAUUUUAACCGGGAAAGGAAAUACCUUUGGAAUAAGUGCAAUUAAAAGCACAUUGUCAGGA